AACCGUCAAACAGUCAAACGAAAAUUGAUCACCGACAGCAAGUUGUUGGGCUGAUGAUAUAACUUUUUUAUUUUUCGGUUUACCAAAGGAGAAAAUUGAUAUUCAUCGACAAAAAUGUCGAGUUCCUUGACUAAACUUUAUUCUUUAUCCAAAACAGGUACAAGAUUUAUAAGACCCAGCGUCAAUGUUAUGAAUCGCAGAGCUUUGGGUAGUGAACCCAAAGAUGGUUACAUCUAUGUAAACGCUCAAGAACCUUCAAUGGAGUUCAAAGAUAUUACAGACAGAGCAGCGCAAACAAUAUUUUUAACCGAACUAGUACGAGGAUUUGGUGUAACGUUGGGUCACAUUUUCAAGGAACCAGCAACAAUUAACUACCCAUUUGAAAAAGGACCUCUCAGUCCUAGAUUUAGAGGAGAACAUGCCCUCAGAAGAUAUCCUUCAGGUGAAGAAAGGUGUAUUGCUUGCAAAUUGUGUGAAGCAAUUUGCCCUGCCCAAGCGAUUACCAUUGAAGCAGAAGAAAGAGCAGACGGUUCCAGGAGAACCACUCGUUAUGAUAUAGACAUGACCAAAUGCAUCUACUGUGGUUUUUGUCAAGAAGCUUGUCCAGUAGAUGCUAUAGUGGAAGGCCCCAAUUUUGAAUUUUCUACGGAAACUCAUGAAGAAUUAUUGUAUAAUAAAGAGAAAUUGUUAAAUAACGGUGACAAAUGGGAAUCAGAAAUUGCCAGCAAUAUUCAUGCUGACCAUUUGUACCGUUAAAUAUGUUAUGGUAUAGUAAACUUGUUGAUAAAAUUCUGUUAAUAGAUACUGAAAAUUUGAAUUUA